AUGGAUGAAAGAGAGGCCAAGCGCGUGGCUAAACUCAAGGAGAAGCAAAAGGCUUCCGACAAUAAGAAGAAGAGCGCAAAAUCGGAAAAAGCUCAAAAGGCGGAGGAGGAGCGACAGAGGAGAGCUGCUGUGAAGAAGCAAGCUGCCAAGGAGCAGAAAGAGAGAGAAAAGGAGAGGGAAGAAGCUGUCAAGGCUUCCGGCGGCAGCAGCAGUGCGGACGAGCAGCUUCCAGAGGGAGCAACGUACGAGUGGAAAGCGGUGAAUUCGGAUCCGAAGAGCAAAAGGAAGGGCAAGAAGCUUCCAGUGCCUGUGAAUGUGAGGGACGAUGAGGGCAACAUUGUGGAUACGGUCGAGACGGAUGAGGAUGCUCAGCGCCUAUUGGGACGUGCGGGCGAAGGCAGCGGAAUGUUGGACAAGGACAGAGCAAGGCAAAUGAUCCUCGAUAUGCAGCGCCAAGCGGAGGAGACGGAAAGGCGCAAAGCUGCUCCGGAAAAGCAACCUGCGGAUGGUUGGAAGUUGCACAAGUCGUCGUCAGAUGACUUUCCACCAGUCGAGGAGCAAAAGGACAACAUCUUUGACUCGGCUGCAAAGCUCGUCAAACAGGCUGCCGAGGCUGGAAGCGAAGCUGCUGCUGAUAUUUUAGAUGCUGGAGCCGAAUUCGUGGAAGCGGCAGCUUCCAGCGGCUCCAAAGUGGUAGAGUCGUUGGCCGAAAAGUUGGGCAGUGCGGGCAAAUUGGAGGGCGAUGAGACGAGCGGACCGUUUGCGCGCAAGCGCAAAGCUCUGUUGAAAUCCUUUGAGAGGUGGAUGACUUCGGAGCACAAUGAUUGGGCAGAGACGUAUGGCGACGAGUUUGCAAAGGCGCAGAGGGAAGCUGAACAGCUUGCCCGCGAAGAUCCUCAAGAGGCCGAAAGAAUGGCUUGGCAAAACGAAGCUUGGCUCUUGGAGGAAUUGUCGGCGGAUAGGGACAAGAUGAAAGACGUCAUGAGCCACGAUCAGUUGGCAGAGGUGGACAAGAUGAUCGAUCUGGUCAAGAGCAGGCUGGAAAAUAGGAGAGCGGUAGCUGGAACGCAUGAUCCACCAGCUUCGAAGAAGGACAUACCGUCAGCGGACAGUGAGGCCGCAAAGCAUCAAGGCUCACAGCAUCAUGAUGAGCUGUAG